AUGACCGAUAAAGUUCCUUGCGAGGGAUCAGACACUCAAAAAACGAGAUCAUGGUCAAAUCUAUUGCCUUUUGAACAUCCAUCAAAAGCUUUAGCAGCCAGCAUCGCAGAAAAUGAAGCUCAACAAUCACAUCAAAUACAAAGCUCAUCAAUUACAUCUAGUAUACAAUCUCAAAGUAUCUGCAUUGGUCAAGCAUUCCUUGAUUCCAUUGCUGAAAACACAUUGGAUCCGCUACUACAUAAUUGUGAGCUGAACAUUGCCAAUGAAACCAAAAAUAAAGGUGCACAAUCCAUUAGUGACAUGUAUGCUGUAGAAUGUGACAGUGUAUCUAAGCAGGAUGAAUCUCUAGCACAAGAGUCGCCUUACGAAUCAAAAAUUGAUCUAAAUUCAUCAUAUAUCAAUAGACGACGAUCUCGCAGGCCAUCCAAUAUCGAAUUCCUGCCACAAACACUUGUCAAUCAUCUGGCUAAUCCAAAGCCUGCAGCGUUUCAUCGCCGGCUAUCUUCCCAAUAUUCAUCAGAAACUGGCGCGAAACCAAUCACCUCGGAACAGUUUUUCACCCAAUCGAUAUAUACGAUUGGCAAAAAAAUGACUCCUAGUCUACCAGAAAUCGAAGCACCAUCAAACGGCUUGAUCCCGUUUGAAAAAUCAUCCGAGAUGAGUGCAAUACAAAGCAGACGCACAUCGCUCAUCACAGUCCACGAAAUUUUAACUUCAAACCACACUCGUGGCUAUAAAUCCAACACAAGUGGGAAGAUGUGUAGCGAAAUUGCUACACAAACUGAUGAAAACAUAGUUGGCUUUGAUGCAUUGGAUCAACUCUUUUUUGCAUUACGUGAUGAAUUUCACACCACGGAAGAACGGAUGCAAGUCAGCCAACGCCAAAAUAUCAGAGUAGCUACCGAUAAUAUCCACAACCGAAUACAAUCACAAAUUAUAGGUAUGAAAGAUGCAUAUGAUUUUGCACUGAAUAAAGUUCGACAUCAGUGCCAAAAGCUGCUCCAAGAAGCACUUGUAAAAAUCAGAAAAGAUAACGAGCGGUACGAUGCCUGGCUGUUGUCAGAAAUCGAACAAAAGCACACUCAGAUCUAUACUCCAUUAAAAUUAGUUGCAGAUGUGGCUUCAGAACAACUGCGAAAAACGGAAGAAGAAUUGCAACGUUUAAAGUACACAGCUUUUAGAUUAACUACAGCACUUGGACAUCAUGGCUUGCUGAGUGAAGAAGAGAUGAAAGUAUCAAAAGAAGAAUGUAAAUGGGCUGAAAACUUGAUAGCAUGGUACCAAGAUGAGGUUUCUGAACGUGAUGAGACUAUUCAGAAGCUUUGCUAUGAAAUUUCAAAUCUUGAUUUUAUGCAUGAUGAUUUUGACAAGUCGAUCAAACGAGCAAAAAGCCAUGAGCAAAAAAAUACUCUUCAAGACAGCACAACACUAAACCAAACCUAUACUAAAUUCAACUCUGGAAAUCAAUACAGUAAACAGGCAACUCCAGCUUCGAUUGUGAGUAUUGAAACCUUUAUGGAGGCCAUAAACUAUGCGGACGAUCCAACAAUAGACAUGCAGACAUCAAAUGAUCUUGAUUCAAGCCAAUCAGCUACUGCGGAUUCAGAUUUACUUGCCGUUAAACAAUUAACAGAAAGUUAUCUUUUGCAAAUACAAGAUAUAGAAAAGAAGCACGCUCUUGAAAUAGCCAAUUUGCUGAAAUACCGCGAAAGGCUUGCUUUCCAAUGGUCGAUAAAAAUCAAGUCGGCAGAAAAAUUCACAAACAAUAAUGCUAUCUUGAAAAUUAUGCACAGACAAGAGCGUUUAGUUCGGCUAGCACAAAUGCAGAAUAAACCACGUAGAUCGGUAGAGUUGGGACUUACUACGCAUUUGGAGGGAGCUACUCUUGCCAUGAUUCUUGAAAACAAAAAGUUGAUCUAUUUAAAACAUGAGGCAAUGGAGAUGGAACAGGAAAAAGAUACUGAAACUCAAAAGCAAAUUCAAACAAAUCUUCAACAAAAAAUGAAGGAUGCACAUCAAGAGAUUCGCCAGAUUCACUCAAAAAAAUCUAAAGAACUGAAUCGGAUUUUAGAGCGUCGUUCAUUAUCAACAAAAGUGUUUUCGUCUAUUCUAGCCAGACAAUUGGACCAAUCAAGUCAAUUUGCUAUACCUAAAAGCAAUACUAUGGAUCAUCUUUCUAAUUUUUCGACAAAUUCAACUAGCUCUUUUCAAAAUUGUUUGAAAGAUCAAUCAAGUAUGCUAUGCAAUACAUAUCCCGAUUUGAAAUGUUCAAGCAGCAUAUGCACAGAUAACUCUGAUGAUCGCACAAGUGCAUUACAUUCAAAUGUUACGCCUUCCGUAAAUACAGAAGUACCCAGUGAUUUUACAUACAAAGGUUUCAAAAUGAAUCCUUGUGAAAACACGAAAACCCAACAUACUGUUUCCUUGAAUAGUCGCAAAAGCUCGAGUAGUCACACCCUUUCAAAACCCAGCAAUGGUUUGAGUACGAUAAACAAGCUAGUUUCUGGACCUUCCAUCAAAACAGUAUACGAAAACUCUGAACUUCAAGGGCUGAUUGGAGUAAAGAGUGUAGUAUCAUGCGAUCGACAGCAAAAAGUGAGCAGCUUGGGAAUGGAUGCCAGUCAUAAAAAAUAUAUGGCACAUGGCGAAAAUAGAUUGAAACUAAAUCAAUUUAAAUCAGCUGUUGUUGAAGGCUCUGGAUCAAUGAAGGCCACAAGCCACCCCAAAAAUAACACUUUUAUUUCAAGUCGAUUAGCUUGCACGCAGCUUACUUAUCAGCCGGAAAAGAAUAGCAACUUGUCAGUAUCAGAGUGCGAUGAAAAGCAUAUUAAGGCCGAUACUUCUCGUUCCAUAUUGCAUCAAAACAAACAUACAAGCCACGCAGUUUCUACGCCCAGAGAGAGAUCUCAGUUGAUGCACAGAAUCACAAACAGAAAUUCAUCCCAUGCGCGUGUGGAUACUACUUGA